AUGUUUUCGUUUUUAAAAGGAAAAAAAACAAAAGAAUCAUCAAAUAACUUAAAAGAAGAUAAAGUCGAAGAAAUUGAAGAGCAAGAAGAAGAAGAAGAAGAAUAUAGUAUUAUUUUUAAAAUUAUAAAAAAAGUUAAUAAUAAUAAACAACAACAAGAAAUUAAUGAUAAUAGUGAAUUAUUUUUUAAAUUAUUAAAAAAUCAAUAUAUAAAGAAUGAAAUAUUUAAACAAUGUAAACUUUAUAAACAAUAUUCAAAUGAAAAAUAUUUAGUACAAGAUUAUAAAGAAUUUAGUGAAAUUAAAGAAAUCAAUUGUUAUAUUAAGGAAUUAAAUUUUAAAAAAGUUGAUCCAUUUUUAGGAUUCAAUGAUUUAAUAAAUGAAAUUAAAAUUCCAAAAACCAUUGAAAUAAUAUCAUUUGGUUUUGAUAAACAAUCAUUUAAAGAUAUAAAUCUUGGAUUAAUAUUACCAAAAUCAAUAUCAACACUAAAGAUUGGUAAAUAUCCAAAACAAGUGAUACUUGAACCAACCGAUAUACCAAAACAUAUUAAAAAAUUAGUAUUGGAAGAAGGUUUUGAAAAUCAAAGAACUUAUUCAAAAACUAAAUAUGUUAGUACUAUACCAUUCAUACCAUCGACUGUGAAAACAUUGGUUAUCAAUAGCACCUAUUUCGGUACGAGACUUGGCGAAAUUCCAAAAUCACUUACCACACUUGACAUUGGUUUAAGUGGCCAUGCAAGAGUGUUUGACAAAGGUUAUUUACCACGUGAUUCUACAUCAUUGACUGAUAUUAAAAUUGGUAAUUGUAUGAAUAAUCAAUGGCUACAGGCUGGUGAUAUACCAAAUUGUGUUAGAGUGAUUAGAUUUAAUAAUGGUUUUGAUCAGCCUUUAAAACGUGGGAUCAUUCCAUCAGGUGUAACUAAAGUAUUGUUUAACAAAGGUUCGAAUUUUAAUUGUCCACUUGAAGUUGGUAGUUUCCCAUCAACCUGUACUGAAAUCCAAUUUGGUAGUUCAUUCAGCCAAGAUAUUAAACAAGGUCAUUUACCAGAUAAUUUAAUAUCUUUGAAUUUAGGCCACUAUUUCAAUAGAGAUUUCAUUCUACCAUCAACAUCAGCUACAUUGAAAACCUUAAUUUUGUCAAUUAAUUUUAAUUUACCACUUAAAGUAGGUGACCUUCCAACAAGUUUAGAACAUUUAGAAUUUGGUGAUGAAUUUAAUAAACCAUUAGCAAAGGGUGUGUUACCACCAAAUCUAACUUUUUUAAAAUUAAGUAAAUACUUUGCUCAACAAUUAAAAGCUGGUGAUUUACCAUCAUCAAUUAAAACAUUAAUAAUCUCAAGUGUAAAAUUAAAUGAAUCAAUGAUAAAAGCAAUUCCUUCAAGUGUAACUUAUUUAAUACUAUCCUAUUUACCAUCUACAAUCAAUAAAUAUACUUCACUAUUACAACCAAUCUCAACAACACUAAAUCAUUUAGAAUACUUUUAUUCUCAAGAUGAAAAUCCAAUUGAUUUCACUCAAUUACCAAAUGGUUUAAAAGUAACAUAUUCAAAUAAUAAAUCACCAAAAACAAUUAUAAUUAAUAAUUAA